AUUAUGCUUCAUAUAUAUUCUCUAAUGCUAGUUAGAUGCCACUUAAUGAAAAAUUCGUUGGCUUUCUGUACAAAUUUAACUACGUACGCAUAUGAAAUGGGUAACGAGACAGAAUUUGUAAGAAUUAUUUGGGAAGCUACGGGGGAACUUGAACGCCGCAGCAGGAUAGCCAAUAAAUAAAAGCAGUCACUCGACAUCAGCAGUAGCUUUAAAAGUUAGUCCGAUUUACUCGGAAAAAACUGUAUAAUAGUGAAGCAUUCCGCUUAAUUGCUACUUAUGUCAGAAUCACUGAUGUCAAUAGUAUGACGGAAAAAGUAUGCACAGAAGUUGUAGAGAGGGUUCAAAUUCCUAAACACGUCGACUCAUCGGUCGUGGCAGCGACAGUUGUGUCUAUCUGGACACAAAGGAGACGAGAAAGAUUUUCGACAUCCGUGUUUUUCUUUAUAGGAAUCCUUCCAGGAGAUUCUGCCGCACUGUGAUCGCAGUAUAGAUUCUGCUCGCUGCUCGGUAAUGCCAUCUUAUCCUUGACACAAAAUGGACUCCGACUGCUUCCCGGAUCAUCAGUCUGGAUCUACGCUUGCAGAUGGCCCACUGUCUGACUUUGACCCUGUUAUUGGUGCCUCAGUGGAGGGAAUCGGUGUGCUUCCAGUGCCAGAGGCAGAAGACCUUGAUACCUACAGUCUAAUUGUUCCUCCUCCUCUGGACUGGAGAUCCGACUCCUCCAGUGAAGCCGGUUCUGCUCAUGAUCUGGAAGACUCCGGCCUGCCUCCCUCUGCUGACCUCCUGGAUCUGAGCAGCCUCGGAGAGUCAGGAUCCCCUCCUCUGAUCGGGCAAGACUUGUCGUCUCCGGUCCAGUCAUACCAGCAGGUGCUUCUGGGAAAUGCAUCAGAGUCAGGCCAGGCCAUAGAAGUUCAAAUUGAAGAUGCAAAUGUUUCAGCUGCAGAGGAAACGACUCAUGAGACGUUCGUAGUUUCUGAGGAGGCGGCCAGCGAAGAAGAGGCGGAGGUUUCAAACAGGAAAUCAGGUGAUGAGGAUCACAGCCGUAUUCACGCCUUGCUCACCCAGCUUCAGAUGAGGGACACAGAGCGCCAUGACGAUCACUACUCCAGCUUGGCUGAACAGGAAGUGUGCGGUCACUCCAUGGUAACUCAGAGCACUGAAACCACAGGGCUGCUUUUCUCCGAAAGCCACCAGCGAGACCUGCUGGGACUUCUGCAGUGCACGAAGAUCGGUCCUACGGCCCAUCCAUCCCACCUGCCUCUCUUUGGCGAUGUCGACGCCGUGCUCUCUGUUUCCUACAGCCAGGAGGAUCCUCGCAGAUGCUGGAGGCAGAGCGCAAACGGUCAGCGACGCAGGGAAGACUCUGUCGCUUCACUUCCGGAUGACGAGUACCCCGAACCUGUCUGGAUGAAGCUCGGGGAGGAGCCGCCGGAGGAUGAGGCUGGUGCUGACGGAGAACAGAGUGCUGAUGACCACCCGUCCUAUAAAGAUGUGCCUGGUCCUUGUGACCCUGAAGACCUGCUGGACGGCGUUAUAUUUGGAGCCAAGUAUUUGGGGUCCACUCAGCUCAAAUCGGACAGGAACCCCUCCACAAACGCUCGCAUGACCCAGGCUCAGGAGGCCGUUGACAGGAUUAAGGCUCCAGAGGGAGAGUCCCAGCCAAUGACCGAAGUGGAUCUGUUCAUCUCCACGAAACGAAUCAAAGUGCUUACAGCUGACACACAGGAAGCCAUGAUGGAUCACUCUCUGCAGACGAUUUCCUACAUAGCAGACAUUGGUGACGUUGUCGUCCUAAUGGCGCGAAGGAAACAUAAAGGGCAGGACGCGGAUGCUGCUUCCUCUUCAUCGCAGCCUCAAAAGAAGUGCCUAAUGAUUUGCCAUGUUUUCUCCUCAGAGGAUGCUCACGUCAUCGCUCAGGCCAUCGGACAGGCGUUUGGAGUGGCUUACCAGCAGUUUCUUCAGGCUAACGGCAUCAAGGCCAGCGAUCUGAAACCGGGCGAAUACAGUAACUACCUGGAGAGUCAGGAGCUUUACAAUGGAGAUUUGGCCCACUUCUCGGACUCUCAGAACCUUCGAGAUAUUGGGAUCACUAAGGCUGCCGGGGAGAUCCUGGGUCUGGCCGUGGUCGAGUCGGGUUGGGGGUCCAUCCUGCCCACCGUGGUGGUGGCCAACCUCCUCCAUGGUGGUCCAGCUGAACGCUGCGGGGAACUCAGCAUCGGCGACCGCAUCAUGUCCGUCAACGGCACCAGCCUGGUGGGUCUGCCCAUCAUCACCUGCCAGAACAUCCUCCGGGACCUUAAAAGCCAAAAGUAUGUAAAGCUCAGCAUCGUCCACUGUCCUCCAGUCACCAUGGCGAUUAUAAAGAGACCAGAUCCCAAGUUCCAGCUUGGCUUCAGCGUCGAGGAUGGCAUCAUCUGCAGUCUGAUGAGAGGCGGUAUUGCGGAAAGAGGAGGAAUCCGCGUUGGACACCGCAUCAUUGAAAUCAACGGGCAGAGUGUUGUUGCAACUCCCCAUGACAAAAUCAUCCAGAUCCUGACAAAUGCGAUUGGAGAGAUUCACUUGAAGACGAUGCCUGCCUCGACGUAUCGACUCCUAACAGGACAAGAGCAGCCAGUGUUUCUUUAAGCAUUGUUCCUGCUUUGCAUUGAUGCACAGUGUCCAAGCUUCUUAAGCUUUUGCCAAACUCAGAAAAUAUUAUGCAAUUUGUAGCACAGUGCUGCCAUUAUACCACAAACUAGUCAUCUUAAAUAUUUUAAUGUGAGAGCAUUAUUUAAAAUGUAAGAUCUAGAGACCUGAUUGUUUUUUAUUUAUUAGAUUUUUUAGAAAGGGUAAGCAGUCUUUUUAAAAUUAAAGUGUUCACCUCGUCACAUUGGAUGACGGUGAGAAUCAUUUGGAGUCUUCCAGCCUUACAUGCUUUCAGAGUGAGUCUGUUUAUAAACGUACUUGAAGUGACCUCACUGAAUCAGGAUAAGAGGUCUGAGUGUUUCACAGUGACUUCCUAUUCAUCUUGUUUUUAUGCAUAUCAACACAAACCUUAGAGAGCGUUCUGGUUCUUCAUGCAGUGUCUUACUGGCCUGGUAGAGAUAUGCUUAAUUUAAGAUUACUGCCUUAAUUCAUAGAGAUAUGAAUAUAUUUGUAUGUUUUUAUGCUGAUAUGGAUGCUCAAUAAAAUGUUCAGUAAUAUAUCUUCAUGUAAUGUAUUGAGAGCCUGUUAAUGCAUGAACAAAUAAAGAGUUGGAAACAUUU